CUCGCCAUCAAACCGAAUUACUCCGGGCUGCUCGUCGGAAGGAUUUGAUCGAGUGUUUUUUUUGUGUGUGUUUUGGUUGGUGAUGGCGAUGGCUACGCCGGUGAGGAGGGCCAGCAGGGCGAGGCGGCCGUUUGCGGUUGUGGCGGUGGCGCCGUCGGCGGCGGAGAUGAACCGGGAGAACGUAGAUGGAGAGGCGCUGUCGUUCUCGCAGUGCCUUCGGCGGUUCGGGAAGCUCGCCGUCGCCGGCGAGGCGAGGCCCGGCGGUGGCAGGGUGGCCAAGAAGUGCUCCACGCCGGCGGCGUGCUCGACUCCGGCGGCGUACGACGCGCCGCGGGCGCCGCUGUGGGACUGCUCCGAGGAGCGCGAGAAGAUCAGGGCCAGGCUGUCGUCUCCCGACGACGACGGAGCGGAGGCGGAGGGGGAAGGGCGGCGCGGCGGCGGCGAUGGCUCGAGGAAGAGGACGAGGAGGAGCGUGGCGCUGCGGGAGGCCAUGGUGGGGCUCCCGGAGCCCGGUGAGGGGCGCGUGAGGUACAUGGUGGACACCUUCGAGAGGCUCCUGUCGCUGUCCAGCGACCCGGGGCAGCAGCAGAGCAGGUGCGCGACGGCGGCGACGAGGAGGAGGAGGAGGAGGAAGACGAAGAAGACGCCGGAGGCGAGGAUGACGGGCCCCUCGUGGCCGCCGGCGAGACCGGACGAGAUCGACGUGUCGUACCCCUCCAUCGCCUCCUCCUCCGAGGUCUCCUUCUCCAUCCAUGGCGUCAGGCUCAGGAGAAGCAGCGCGCGAGAUGAACCCCGGCUGCGCAAGAGAGGCGACAGCAUCAGCUCGUCAGAGAGGAGCUGGAGUAGGAAGAAGAUAGGCGUCACGAUCCAGCGUCCUUUCAAUCUCAGGACCGAGAAAAGAGGGAGGAUGAAGGAGGAGAGCUUGGUUCAGAGGAUGAAGAACAAGCUGAUGGAGGAAGAGAGGCUGCGGAAUCCGCUUGCGCAAGGUCUCCCAUGGACCACUGAUGUGCCAAAGAACCCAAUGAAGCCUCUGAUGAAAGAACCCACUGAACCGAUUGAUGUUGUGCUACAUAGCGAGGUUCGCGCAGUCGGUCGUGCCAGGUUUGAUCACCAAGUCGCUGAGCGCAACAGCUUCCUGGAGAAACUGAACAUGGAGAGGGAGAGGCAGCAAAAGCUGGAUGAAGAGCUUGAGAUUAAGCAGCUGAGGAAAGAGCAGGUGCCAAGAGCUCAUCCAAUGCCGGAUUUCUCUAGGCCAUUUGUGCCGAAAAGGUCAGUGAAACCUCAAACAGUUCCAAGAGAGCCAAAAUUACACCCCAGGCUAAGUAGGAGCAAUUCCAAGACUUGAUUUGCUGCCUUCAGAGAUCCAUCAUUUCCUCCUGCGUGUACAACAAAAUGGCAGUAAUGAUCAUCAAUGUUACAUAGCCAGUUUGCUGUUUUGCUAAUGUGAUAGGCUAAUAGCAGUUAGCAACUCUUUUCUCGUCUAGAAUAAGGGAACUGUCAUCAAACUUCUCUGAAUUCAGAGAAACUGACUAUUGAUGAGGUAAAAUGUUGGUUCAAAUGUGUAAAAAAAUUACUAUGUUUUUGGUCACCUUAUUCUGGCAUUGACGUUGAUACUUGUAUUAAUUGAUUAUAGUCAAGACAAAUCUGGCAAACAUAAAC